AUGGAUUUACAAAAUAAGCGCGAAAUAAUUCAAGAGCCUGCGGCAGAACACCCUCCCCACGACUCUGUUGAGGGCACCGGAAUCGUGGAUCCAUCUUCCAGUCUAAGACAGCCGCAACAACUUCAGCAACGGUUUAAUCUUUGGUCAGCUGUUGCCAUGGGAGUAUGCAUUGCUGGGACUUGGGAGGGCAUAGGAUCAGUCAUACUGCAGGGAUUUAGUCUGGGAGGCGCUCCGACCGUCAUCUGGGGCUAUUUGCUCGCAGCAGUUGGCUUUACAUGUGUUGCUGCGUCCUUGGCAGAGUUAGCGAGUAUCUGGCCGACGGCUGGGGCCCAGUAUUAUUGGACAGCAAGACUGUGUUCAGAGAAGUGGCGGCUGUUGGUGAUGUACUGGGCACUUCUAACCAUUCAUCUGCUGGUGAACAUAUUCGGAGUUAAGCUCUUCAGCUUGAUAAACUUUGGAGCCGCAUUCAUACACUUAUCAUUUCUCUUCAUCACCAUGAUUGUUCUUCUCGCCACUACUGAGAACAAGAACAGCGCUCAGAGCGUCUUCGUAGAGUUUCAGAACACUUCUGGGUGGCCAACCGACGGGAUCGCUUUCUGGGUGGGCAUCAUUACGGCCUGCGCCGGAUUCGGCGGCAUCCAUUCCGUUGUCAUGUUCAGUCAGGAGACCAGAGACGCAGCAAACAACAUCCCCAGAGCACUCUUGUACUCGCUGAUUAUCAACGCACUGCUAUGCCUUCCAUGGGUGCUCGCAUUGCUCUUCUGUACCGGCAGCUUGGAUUUACUCCUGCAGUCUCCAGUGAGCUUUGUGAGCCCAAUGGCGCAAAUCUACCUGAACUCAACCCAAAACGUCUCAGUGGCAGUUUUCCUGCAGGUUAUGACCUUCACAGUCGGCGCUGGUGCGAGCAUGAACCUCGUCGGCUCAGCCGGACGUGCCAUCCACUCGGCCGCCUUGGAUGGCGCGCUGCCCCCGGUAUUGUCCAAGAUUCAUCCAAGGUGGAAUGUUCCGGUGCGGGCUCUAUUGGUGGCAUUUGUUGCCCUGUGUCUGAUCUGUCUGAUCUACAUAUGGAACACUACGGCCUUCUUCGCCUUUUUGUCAGCUUUUCUAAUCCUACAGAUGGUUUCGUAUAUCAUUCCCAUCGGGCUGUUGAUGUACCGAUCGAUCGGCGGAGAGUUUGAACUGGGGCCCUGGCAAAUAGGCCGGUUCCGUGUUAUCGUUCACACCAUGUCAGUGGUAUGGUGCGCCCUCCUCAUCAUUUUCCCGUCAUUUCCGACUACGCUGCCGGUGAAGGCGUCCAACAUGAAUUACUCGAUCGUUAUCGUUGCAGGCAUCUUCGCUUUUGCGACUGUUCUUUACUUCGCUUACGCUCGGGGCCGUUUUACAGGGCUGAAGUUGGAAACCUUGGUUGGCGUCAGGGCUGGCGAGAAAUGA